GGAAGUUACAGCUGGAUGUUGAGAAAUAAUUAUUCAGACUAGGCAGAGAAAACGCACACACCCUUCACAUUUCUCAUGAGUGUGUGUGAGAAGUCCUCGCAACAGAAUGUCAGAAGGAACCAUGUGCUCCAGAUGUGGAGUCCUGUCACUGAUCAUUCUGCUGUUUAUUCCAGUUUCAGGUUCUCUGGGUCAGAGAGUGAUCGUGUCCUGCAGUCCUCAGACUGUCUGCGCUCUGAGAGAAUCAGCAGCGAACCUGAUCUGCUCUUAUUCAACCACCACCAAACCUCAGCAAAUCUUCUGGUUCAGCUCCAAACUAAAGGCUAAAUGGAGGAAUGAGGAAGAUCCAGAGGAUUUAGCUUUAGACUCAGACUACGCAGGACGAGUGAGAUACACUGAUUAUGGGUCCAGUUCUACUCUCACAAUAACAGACCUGAGAGAGAGAGACUCAGGAGAAUAUCAGCUCAUGAUCAUCACAGGAGUAGGAGAGAGAUCUCUCAGCUCAGCAGUCAGACUAACAGUUUCAGACCUGCAGGUGAUGGUGAGCUCUGACACUGUAGAUCAGAAAAAACUGACCUGUAUCACGUCCUGCAAUUUGACUUCUGAAUCUUAUUACCACUGGUCUAAAAAUGGAGGAAGAAUCAACAGGAAAACCAACCAGAGCACUUGGGUUCUACCCAGCAAUCCUGGCAGUUACUCCUGCUCUGUUGUCACAGGAAGCCAUGAAAUCUAUUCCAGUGCAGUGUGUGUUUUUGAUGAGAACUGUUGGAAUGUGAGGUACUCAGACAGAAGACUGUGUGCUGUGGAGGGAUCAUCAGUGGACUUUCUCUGCACUUACUCACAUCCCAGUAAACUCACAGUUAAUGAAGCAUUCUGGCAUUAUGAGUCUAAAGUGGAGCCGAAGGAUCUGAGUCUGGAUGACCGGUUUGCUGGUCGAGUUCAGUUUCUUGGGAAUAAAAAGGGAAACUGCACUCUGAGAAUGAGAGACGUGAGAAAGAACAACUCUGGAGAAUAUCACUUUAGAUUUGUUACUAACACUGAAGGAUUCUUCGGUAAACCUGGAGUCAUUCUGAAUGUUUCAGAUCUUCAGGUGAGAGCGAGUCCCAGCAGUCCAUCAGAAGGUCAGACAGUAACACUGACCUGUACCUCCACCUGCACUCUACCUAACAACCCCACUUACAUCUGGUACAAGAACGGAGAGCCUGUAACCAACAAACCCACCAAAUACAACAAGCUCUACCUGGAGUCAGCGAGCAGUGAGGAUAUACGCCAGUAUUCUUGUGCUUUAGGAAGCAGAGGGUUUGUUCCUGAAAGUCCAGAAGGAAGCGGACCGUCAAAGUUUGUCAUCAUGGCAGCAGCAGCAGCAGUCUGUCUGAUUCUGAUACUCAUCGCUGUAGCAGUAUGGAUCUGGAGGAGGAAAUCGAGCCCAGCUGAAGGCCACAGGAGCUCAGAGCAGAGUGGACAGUGUGAAGAAGCUACAGAUAAUCAGGAUGACGUUCAGUACUCCAGUGUUCAUUUCAGACCCUCUAACUCACCAGUCAAGUCUCCAUCCACUGCUUCCACACUUCCUCCGGACGUUAUAGAGGAAGUUCAUUACGCUGAUGUGAAGAUCAGCAGACGUGCUGCUGCCACCCAGCCUCUGGAUGUGAAAGCGACUGAUGACCCAUCUCAGAUCUACAGCCAGAUUCAAAAACGCAAAACAUGAGCAGCGUAACACACUCACUGUGGAGGUGUUCUAGAUCUGGGACACAGAUUUGGGUGGUCUGUUCUAGAUCUCUGCAGCAGUAAUCAGUAUUGCAUCCAAAUCAAACAGGAUUAUUUCACAAAGCAGCAUCUCUCUGUUAGCAGUUAAGC